AGAUGGAGUAGCAGGAGCAGCUCGAUAAAUCCAACUUGCCCAGAAAACUAGUGGUAAACAUGCAAGGAUUACUUAAUGCCUUCUCUUAUCAAAUUCGUUUGAAACCCCAAAUUGCUCCGGUGACGAAAACUGGGCUCCUCGCCCAGAAAGUUGAGCUCGUUUUUCCAAGAAGAAACUGCUUCCAUAUAUGCAGAGAUAAUACUACUGCCAUUAGCUCCGCCAGUGAUGAAGAGGAAAAAGAGAAGGGUAAUAUGGACUGGGAAUUGGAGUUUCUUGGAGAGCUUGAGAACAAGAAAAAAAAACAACCUACAUCAAAGCUACUUCAAGAUACUGAGGGCAUGGAUUGGUGUGUGAGGGCAAGAAAGACUGCCCUAAAAUCUAUUGAAGCCAAGGGCUGGUCUCACAGAAUGGAAGAUAUGAUUACCAAAAAGAGGAAAAAGAAAAAGAACAAGAAGAAGCUGACCACGAAAGAGAAAAUGAUUAAGAAAAGCAAACAAGUACUAGAAGGUUUUGAUUCAGAGGAAGACUUUGACAUGCAAGGUGUAGAUGCAUUAGAUGGUUCUACCGACUUAAGAACAACCGUAAGUAUGCUGGGAGGUGGGAUGUUUGAAGAGAAAAAGGAGAAGACCAUGCAAGAUUUUGUUCAGCGGCUUUCCCAAUUUUCAGGGCCAUCUGAUAGAAGGAAAGAAAUUAACUUGAACAAGGCGAUUGUUGAAGCACAAACUGCAGAAGAAGUUUUGGAGGUUACUGCAGAGACAAUCGUGGCUGUAGGGAAAGGCUUGAGUCCCUCACCCCUCUCCCCUUUGAACAUUGCAACUGCUCUUCAUCGAAUUGCCAAGAACAUGGAAAAAGUUUCAAUGCUGGAGACACGUAGAUUGGCUUUUGCUCGUCAAAGAGAGAUGUCUAUGCUUGUAGGAAUAGCAAUGACAGCCUUACCCGACUGUUCAGCUCAAGGUAUUUCUAAUAUCUCCUGGGCAUUGUCUAAGAUAGGGGGUGAUCUGCUAUACUUGUCAGAAAUGGAUAGAGUUGCAGAGGUGGCCUUAACCGAGGUUGAGGAGUUCAAUUCACAGAAUGUCGCUAAUAUUGCGGGUGCUUUUGCCUCCAUGAAGCACUCUGCUUCUGAUCUUUUUCCAGAGUUAUCAAAGAGAGCAUCUCAUAUCAUUCACACUUUCCAAGAGCAAGAGCUUGCUCAGGUUUUGUGGGCUUUUGCUUCUUUAUGUGAGCCUGCUGAACCUUUGCUGGAUUCUCUAGAUAAUGUUUUCAAAGAUGCACACCAAUUUAUAUGCUUCCCAAACAAAGAGCAAUCAUACCUCAACAGAGAAAAUGGUAUAGACAACAUUGGAGAUGUUGACAUCAAUGGCAUUGCACAUGCUCCUGUGCUCAGUUUCAGAAGGGAUCAGCUUGGUAACAUAGCAUGGUCAUAUGCUGUUCUAGGACAAAUGGACCGCAAUUUCUUUACCCAUGUGUGGAAAACUCUUAGCCAAUUUGAGGAGCAAAGAAUUUCAGAACAGUAUAGGGAGGAUAUCAUGUUUGCUUCUCAAGUUCAUCUAGUGAACCAGUGCUUGAAGCUUGAGUGUCCACAUCUUCAUUUAUCUCUAAAGAGAGAUCUAGAGGAGAAAAUAGCACGUGCCGGUAAAACUAAGAGAUUUAAUCAGAAAAUGACAUCCUCUUUCCAGAAGGAGGUUGCUCAUCUUCUUGUUAGCACUGGCCUUGAUUGGAUCAAAGAGUAUGUUGUGGAUGGGUACACCUUGGAUGCCGUUGUAAUUGAUAAGAAGAUUGCUCUGGAGAUUGAUGGCCCAACUCAUUUCUCAAGAAAUACUGUGGCUCCCUUGGGACACACUGUACUCAAACGCCGCUACAUAACUGCUGCUGGUUGGAAAGUUGUGUCUUUGUCUCAUCAAGAGUGGGAAGAACUUGAAGGUGGGUUUCAGCAGGAAGACUACCUAAGAGAAAUUCUGAAGGAUCACCUUUAGACGUGGUAUGCACUAUGAAGGUGAAAGAGAGGGGACGAAAGAAAGGCAGAUAAGUACAUUUAAUCAGGCACCCUAUGUCAUGUUAAAUUGUUAAUAGAAGAUAUCGGUGCAAGUCCAACUAGUGUAAUGUCAUUCUGAGAAGUGAGAUGCAGUAUCAGUAUAUACCGUUAGUGCUCUCCCUUGACAUUCCCUGGUGAUGAAUCGGUUCUGAGAGUCAAGAAACUUGAGUGCAUUAUUGGCAAUUGUAACAUGAGUUGAUGAUUAUUGUCAAUAUUUGAUAACGUAGCUUUGAAAACAGUUUGUAUAUAUUAUCAUCAGAGCAUCUCCGAUGCAUGGCGUGCAUCUUCACAUCCGGUCAUUUAUGUAGUUCGUUUCAUAUUAGUCACUUCUGUAGUUAGUUUCAGACGAGACAUGAAACAUUAGUCAGGUUUAUUUUCCAUCUGAAUAUCAACUGAAUCCCGCAAUAUAUAAUUCACAAAGAAACAUUUGUUGUU